AAAUGUUUUGGUUGUAAUUGUUUUGUAUGUUCAUAGCUUGACUCUGUUUUCUGCAGGACAAGAACAAGCUGAUGGAUGCUCUGAAGCAUGCGUCCAACAUGCUGGGUGAGCUGAGGACCUCAAUGCUUUCUCCAAAGAGCUACUAUGAGCUCUAUAUGGCUAUCUCUGAUGAACUCCACUACCUAGAAGUGUACCUGACUGAUGAGUUUGCCAAGGGACGGAAGGUGGCAGAUCUCUAUGAGCUGGUCCAGUAUGCAGGCAACAUCAUCCCCAGACUCUAUCUGCUAAUCACAGUGGGUGUGGUGUACGUUCGCUCCUUCCCCCAGUCUCGUAAGGACAUUCUGAAGGACCUGGUCGAGAUGUGCCGUGGUGUCCAGCACCCACUCAGGGGCCUCUUCCUUAGAAACUACCUGCUGCAGUGCACCCGCAACAUACUGCCAGAUGACGGAGAGCAGUCUGAGGGAUCAGAGGAGAUGACCGGUGAUAUCAAUGACUCCAUCGACUUUGUCCUUCUCAACUUUGCGGAAAUGAAUAAGUUAUGGGUUCGAAUGCAGCAUCAGGGUCACAGCAGAGACCGAGAGAAGAGAGAAAAGGAACGGCAAGAACUUAGGAUUCUGGUGGGCACCAACCUAGUUCGCCUCAGCCAGCUGGAGGGUGUUAACGUGGAAAAGUACAAACAGAUUGUUCUUCCUGGAGUGCUGGAGCAGGUUGUGAACUGCAGAGACUCGUUGGCUCAGGAGUAUCUAAUGGAGUGCAUCAUUCAGGUUUUCCCAGAUGAGUUCCACCUUCAGACCCUGAACCCCUUCCUGCGUUCCUGUGCUGAGCUUCAUCAACACGUCAAUGUCAAGAACAUCAUCAUUGCCCUCAUUGACAGACUUGCUCUGUUUGCUCAUCGAGAAGAUGGCCCUGGCAUUCCAGCUGAGAUCAAACUGUUUGACAUCUUCUCUCAGCAAGUGGCCACCGUCAUUCAAUCUCGACAGGACAUGCCAUCAGAGGACGUGGUCUCUCUUCAGGUCUCUCUCAUUAAUUUGGCAAUGAAAUGCUACCCUGAACGUGUUGACUAUGUAGAUAAGGUCCUGGAGGGCACUGUGGAGAUAUUCAACAAGCUCAACUUGGAACACAUAGCAACCAGCAGUGCAGUGUCAAAGGAACUUACCCGACUAUUGAAGAUCCCAGUGGAUACCUACAACAACAUCCUGACAGUGCUGCAGCUCAAGCACUUUCCACCACUCUUCGAGUACUUUGACUAUGAGUCACGCAAGAGCAUGAGCUGCUAUGUUCUGAGCAACACACUGGACUACAACACCACUAUUGUGGCACAGGAACAGGUGGAUGCCAUCUUGAACUUGGUGUCCACACUGAUUCAGGACCAGCCAGACCAACCAGCUGAUGAUCCUGACCCAGAGGAUUUUGCUGAGGAGCAGAGCCUUGUGGGUCGUUUUAUCCAUCUGCUCCACUCUGAAGAUCCUGAUCAACAGUACCUUAUUCUGAACACAGCCCGGAAGCACUUUGGUGCGGGUGGAAACCAAAGGAUUCGCUACACACUUCCUCCUCUGGUGUUCGCAGCUUACCAGCUGGCCUUCAGAUACAAGGAAAACUCCUCAUUGGAUGACAAGUGGGAAAAGAAGUGCCAGAAGAUCUUUUCUUUCGCCCACCAGACCAUCAGUGCACUUAUCAAGGCUGAACUUGCUGAGCUGCCUCUUCGACUGUUCCUACAGGGUGCACUGGCUGCAGGCGAGAUUGGCUUUGAGAAUCACGAGACAGUAGCUUAUGAGUUCAUGUCACAGGCCUUCUCUCUGUAUGAGGAUGAAAUCAGCGACUCCAAAGCCCAAUUGGCAGCCAUCACACUGAUCAUUGGUACCUUUGAACGAAUGCGAUGUUUCAGCGAGGAGAACCACGAGCCACUGAGAACUCAGUGUGCACUGGCUGCCUCCAAGCUGCUGAAAAAACCUGACCAGUGCCGAGCCGUCAGUAUCUGUGCCCAUCUCUUUUGGUCCGGUCGUAGCACCGACAAAAAUGGUGAAGAGAUCCGCGAUGGUAAGCGUGUGAUGGAGUGUCUAAAGAAAGCCCUGAAGAUUGCCCACCAGUGCAUGGACCCAUCGCUGCAAGUCCAGCUUUUCAUUGAAAUCCUCAACAGAUACGUCUGCUUCUAUGAGAGGGAAAACGAUGCGGUGACCGUCCAGGUAUUAAACCAGCUGAUCCAAAAGAUCAGGGAAGAUCUUCCCAACCUGGAGGCGAGUGAGGAAACGGAGCAAAUCAACAAACACUUCCAAAACACACUGGAGCACCUUCGCCUGCAGAGAGAAUCCCCUGAGUCUGAGGGCCCUGCCUAUGAGGGCCUGGUACUUUAAAACAAUUGCUGAUUAGAGCGAUGUUUCACAAUAUUAUGCAUAUAUACCUGCACACACACACAAGAACACACAAAAUCCCAUCCUGUAGGCAAAGAGUAAAAAUAAAUGUCAAGAGUAGGAAAAACUUGCUCCUUCAUUGUAUUAUUUUUUUCUGCAUCGAUUCCUCUCUGCUGUCCCUCACUAGCAGAACUGCUUCCUGACACAGGUUGGAGAUGUUACAUUUUAAGAAGUGUGUGUUGACAACACUGCACACAGCUUCAAUGUGCAUUUGUGGUCUUCAUUUUUGAAUUCCUACUUGACCAAUUUGUCUAAACUUUAUUAUUUUGGUAGACUGACUAGCUGUUGUGGGUGUAUCUACUGAGUCAUCAGCCCCUCAGUUGUUGACAUCUUUCCAUAUUGAUAAGUGGAUGUAUCAGCUGUGUAUAAAGGCUACUGAAUCAAGCAGUGGUUUUACAGCUGCAUUGCAUAUGAGCCAUUUUCCAACCAUGAAUAAUGAAUAACUGCUGUUCUUCGGGAUGGCUUUAUUGUCAGAACCAGACAAAUUGAAGCACUACUAAACUUUAUCCCCACAUGAAAAACACAAACCAUGUUGUUCCCUGAUUAAUGUUUUAGUCAGAAUGUGACUGUGGGAACUCAAGUCAAUUCAGUUAAUUACUGUGCAGCAUUUUCCUUGAUCCUAUCUGUGCUGCAAAGAAAUGACAAAUCUAUUAGUGUGAAGGUGGAAAAAUUGGCAUUUUUUUCAAAAGAUCCUGUCUUCUCAUACUUCAGCAACACUUUUUUAAAUAUUUGUCCCUCCGGGUCUCUGUAGACUCCAUAUUUCAUGUAUUUGUUCAUUUCUGGACUUCUCGCUAAUAGAUUAAUACAUUCAGAACUGCAGCAUGUUUGUGCAUGCUUUAGUGUGCUUGUAGCGUAAGGCCAGUUUACUCAAACUACAAUGUCUGACUUUGUCAAACUUCUGUUGAUCAAUAAACUUCUGGGUCCUUGGUGACACUAGUAUCCUUUUGGAUCAGUCUUUUGUGGAGGGAGUGCAGCAGUUCCUCAGGAUUGUAUGCUAGUUGACAAGUAGCCAUACUAAAUACAUAAUUAUUUUGGAAUUGCUUGUUUCUGCAUCUGGCAGUGUCUGCUGAUUUCUUUCUUAGCUAUUGAUUUGUUGGAUGCAGUAAUUUCUCUCCCCUUUUGAUUCUGUGUAAAACCCACUUGUAAAUCAGAUAAAGAUAAAAAGGUGAUUAAAUAGUAAUUAACAUUGUCAUUUGAUGAAAUAAAAUUGAAAUUAACAAUACAUAUUUACAUUUUAAUUUUACACACAGUAUAUGAACAUAAUAAAGUUGUAUCAUUAAUAUAUUG